AAUCUUUUUGCCUGGGUUAUUGAAUCAAUCCGCGUAUUUAUCACUAAAAUGGCCCAAUAUCCUACACCGACUUCACUUAAUUACCUUUUUUAAUUUUCUAUUUUUAUAUUUAUCUAAUUCUUUCAUAUUUGUCGUUCGCCAAUUGCGGAUCUGCUGAGUUCCGAUCACCACAAAUUCACGCCGCCCCAAUUCGGAGAUAAUCAGAAGCACGAUUUCAAAUACGCCGCCCUUCUCACUCGCUACAAAACUCGUCGAUUUUUCUCCGCCGGAAAUCUAGAUCUCGCCAAGAUGCCGGCGACCGCGGGGAGGGUUCGCAUGCCGGCGAACAACCGGGUGCACAGCAGCGCCGCCCUACAGACCCACGGCAUAUGGCAGAGUGCAAUUGGGUACGAUCCCUACGCGCCCAACAAAGAAGAGAAGAGCAACGCCUCCGCUCAGAAGAGCGCCGCCGCCUCGGAAGGUGAACAGGAAAACGCGUAUGCUAGUUUCCAGGGUUUACUCGCUCUUGCUCGCAUCACGGGAUCGAAUGCCGACGAGGCUCGUGGCUCCUGCAAGAAGUGCGGGAGGGUUGGGCAUCUCACGUUCCAGUGUAGGAAUUUCUUGAGUGCUAAGAGCGAUGACGACAAGGCGAGUAAGGAUAACGAUGCCAUCCAAGCCGCGGUUCUGUCUGGAUUGGAGAAGAUGAUAGGUGAGAAACUGAAGGCGCGCGCAGCAGCAGGGGAGAGUGAGGAGAGCAGCGAGGAGGAGAGCGAGAGCUCGGAUACGGACUAUGAUUCGGAGAUGGAGCGUGCUGUAGCCCAGAAGUUCGGGAGAAAAGCUAGUGCUGGUGGUGGGAAGUUGAGGAGCAGCAAGAGUAGGAAGAGGAGCGAUAGUGAUGAGCUCGACAACGAUGAUGGGUUGGAAAGUGAUGCUAGGGAGAGAAAGAAGAAGGAGAAGAGAGAGAGAGGGAGAUCAAAGAACAGGAAGAGCGCGAAGAGAAGGUACAGCGACUCUGAUGAUGAGGAUUCGAGCAGAAAAAAGAGGAGGAAGGAGAAAAGGAGGAAGAGGGAUGAUGAUGAUUCCUCCGAUGAGGAGGAGGAGGAAGAUAAGCUGAGGAGGAAGAGUAAGAAGGAGAGGAGGAGGAGGAGGAGCCACCGCCAUGGGAAUGAUUAUUCGUCUGAUGAUUCUGUGAAGCAGCGCCACAAGCGGAGGAGUCGCAGGGCGGACUCAGCAUCUGGCUCCGGUGACAGUGAAUCGGAUGGUUGUCGAGUGGGAAGGGACAAGAAGCGGUCUGAUAAGAAGAGCAGGCAUCAUCGCCGUCGAGAGGACUAGCUUUUGCUGCUAUGGAGGUUGUGCAAAUUCUGUUUUAAUGUGUUGAGUGUUGAGUUUGGUAACAAUUUCUGAAUGUGGGGUUGAUGAAAAACAGAGUAGCUCACAAACUCUGGAUUUGUGGUUUUAAUGCAUUGCAUUUUCUGAAGAAUGCUCAUCUUAGUUAUGUAUGAAUGUAAGAAUUCCAUUGCAGAUUCUUAUUGAACAGUAAUUCGAUCUA